UGGGAAAAGUUUGUUGAACUUGAGAUUCAGACAAGGCCGUGGGUGUGCUGCCGUGUGUCGGUCUCUUUACCGUCUGUCGGUGUUUGUGUCGUCUCCCGGUCGCCUUGGAUAAUUUAUUGUCAUCAAAAUGUAUUUUGUUUUUAUAGAUUUAGCCCUCGACGACCAAGCGCAGGAGCUACGUGCUUACCUUAAAGGUUUGGGAGCUGAAAUAUCAACAGAGAAAUCGCCCAAAGGGAUAGAAGAUGAUCUUCACAAAAUCAUAGGUGUUUGUGACACCUGUUUCAAAGAUGCUCCAGAACCGGAAAUUGAAAGUGUCUUGAAUGGAAUUGUAUCUAUGUUAGUGACUAUACCACUGGAAAGGGCUGAAAACUUGGUCUUAGCAUUUUGUGAAAAGCUUACAAAAGCCACUGGCCAACAUUUGAAGAUGGUUACUUUGAGAGUGAUGUGGCUUCUUUUCCAAUCACUUGAUGAGACAAGCCCAAUGCGGUAUCAUGUUUACUUUCACUUGGUGCAAAUUGCUCGCUCGGUAGAUCAAAUGAAAUAUGUUUUUAAAGAUGUUAUCCACCUCAAGUCUCAGUUUGCUACUUGCCCCCCAUCAAAUGAGCAAAUGCAGAAACUGUUGCGGUUACUUCAUGAGGCACUCCUUGCCAGCAAAAAUAGUGAGCAGGCUUCCAAAGUAAUGGUGGAAUUACUGGGCACCUACACCACAGAGAACGCCUCUCAGGCGCGAGAAGAUGCACAGCGGUGUAUAUUAGCAGCCUUGGCUGAUCCUAAAACCUUCUUGUUGGACCCCCUCCUUGCCUUGAAGCCUGUGCGCUUCCUGGAGGGAGAGCUAAUUCACGACCUUUUGUCAGUAUUUGUAUCCGAGAAACUCUUAGUCUAUCAGCAGUUUUACCAGAACCACAAAGAGUUUGUGAAUGGGCUUGGCUUGAAUCAUGAGCAAAACAUGAAGAAAAUGAGGCUCCUCACCUUCAUGCAGCUUGCUGAGGACAACCCUGAAAUGACGUUCCAGAAGCUUCAGGAGGAGCUACAGCUAAAGCCUGAAGAGGUGGAGCCAUUUGUCAUUGAUGUGCUGAAGACUAGACUUGUGCGGGCAAGAAUGGAUCAAUCUGCUCAGAAAGUUCACAUUUCCAGCACAAUGCACCGUACAUUUGGUCAGCCUCAGUGGCUGCAACUGAGAGAUAUUCUUCAGACCUGGAAGCAAAACGUUGUUGGCGUUCAAGAGGGUAUGAGUGCAAUUGUUAAACCCAAAAUUGAAGCCAAGAAGUAAAUAUAAUUGGUGUGUCAUGUCCUGUAAUACUGAGUAAAUUUAACAUCUGUGAGUAUUUCUGUGUAUAUUUUGUUGUUAUGCGUAUACUACAUCCACCAGCUAACUUUCAAAAUGGUCAAUUCCUAUCUUCCAUUAGCUCCAUAUGAUCUGAGGGCUUUAUAUUAAUUUUGGUUUAUGUGCUUGGAAUAAAUCUAAGAGCAUACAAUUUUUUUUUAAUUUUAUUCAUUAAAAUCAUUCAUUCUUUGACA